AAUUGUUGGUCUUGCUUACUUUCUAUCCACUCCUUUACUUGCGAUCGUCAACAUGACAAACGGCGAACUCAUAGACGGCCAGGUCUCUGAGAACCAGUGCAAGUUAGCGGUCAACGCUCUCCUCACUCAUGCUCUGAAGGUCGAGGAGAAAAAAGCCGAGAACGAACUGCUUCUGGGCAAGGAGCAGAACGUAUGGCUGGUCUUAACGGUGAAACAGAUGCAGCCUGAGAGGAAACUCAAACCAUACAAGAUACCCAUCAUGCAUCCUCUGGUUGACCCUCGCACAUCAUCCGUCUGCCUCAUCACGAAAGAUCCUCAACGAGAGUACAAAGACCUCCUUGAGAAGCACAGCAUACGUUUCAUCUCGCGAGUUGUUGGGAUCUCAAAGCUGAAGGGAAAGUUCAAGCCGUACGAAGCGAGACGGAUGUUGCUGAAAGAGAACGAUUUGUUCCUGGCGGACGAUCGCGUCAUUCCAUUACUUCCUGGUCUUCUUGGGAAGAAGUUUUUUCAGGCAAAGAAACAGCCCAUCCCAGUAUCUCUGACGAGAAAAGAUCUCAAGGAUGAGCUUGAGCGUGCUAUCUCGUCUACCUACUUCCACCAAAAUCAGGGCACAUGCACUUCCGUAAAGAUCGGCACACUCCUGCAGAAGCCAUCGCAGGUGCUUGAUAACCUCAAAACCGCACUUCCAGCCAUUGUUAAACAUAUUAAAGGAAAAUGGGACAACAUCCAGAGCUUCCACAUCAAAACGAAUUCUUCCACCAGUCUGCCAAUCUGGAGUUGUCACCUUGGAGCAGAAGAAGGUGCCCGGUGGGCUGGUCUGGUGAUGGACGAUAUUCCCGAGGACGAGAGUGAGAUCGAGGAAAAUACAGAAGGUCGUGCUGAUGAGGGCAGCGAGGUUCAGGUCAUUGCGUCGAACGCAGCGAGAGCCAAAGGAAAGAAGAACGCGGAGGCAGACAGGGCAGUGGCGAAACCCAAGGAGCAGAAAGGAAAGGGGAAGAAACGGGUGGCAGAAGAAGACGCUGAUAAACCAAAGAAGAAGGCAAAGGCGAGCCCAAUACUUGGUUCCAUCGGUUCCGGAUCCGCAAGUGCCGUUCAGCCUCCUGCGAUUAAUGCUUCUGCUAAGAAGUCCAAGAAGAGCAAAGCUGUAUCUGCCGUGUCUCAUGCUCCCCACCCCACCCUGGAUAUCUCCGUCGAUGCCGAGACCUUGAAUGAUGCAGCAAAAGAGAAGCAGUCACCAGCGCUAACAGAGAACACUGCCCCAGCCAAGAAGCUGAAGAGAAAGAAGGCUGGCGCUUCACCAUCUGAUGUACAAACUGCUGCUGAGAGCGUAGCUUUGCCCUCUGACGCUGCCCCUCUUACAUUAUCGGUCGCAGAGAAGAAGAACACUCGCGCUUCUGCGGUGGACUUCUUCGAGGAUGACCCGUCGCAAGCGGCGGUCUUGGCUCCGAUAACGACGGAUGUACAGUCGUUCAGUAGCACGACGAAGAAAAAGAGGGAAGUAAAGCAGACAGAGGCCGACAGUUCCGCAGGGAGAACGGAUGAUCCCGCGGUCUCCGUAAAGGUGAGCAUCGAGGCUGCGGAGGCGGUAUCUACGAAGCCGAAGAAGCGCAAGGCAAAGCCUGCCGAUGCUCAGCCUAAAGCCACGAGCCUCCUCGCUCCUACUCCGUCGACCACACCUUCCAAGAGCGAGCUGAAGCGGAAACGCACUGUGGAGGGAGCAGCGAAGAAGAGGGAGAAGGUUUUGCAGAGUACGCCGGCAGCGAAGAGCGCGAAGCGUGCUAUUGUUGGUAAGAAACGAUUCUGAAAGCGUGAAGCUAUCAUUGGGGAUUCUCUUUGAUGUGUUGCGUGGGCACAUUAUGCUGUUUUUCCAUUUUGUUAGGCCAUUGUGUGUGCGUCACGCCGAGUGAUCUGGGGGUUUGAGCAGCAAAUCCCACAGUAAUGUCUGCCUAUCGUUCUCCAAGGAAAGUACGAUACAGUGGUG